ACGCCCCUCUCUUUACACAAAGAGCUGGAUGCAAAACAAAAGCCGGAAGCUUCAAUUUUCUUCCUUUGCUCCCCUCAUCUGAAUCCAGGAAGGUAAUCAGGUUUUUUUUAAGUAGUAAAGAGCGCCUCUAUGUGACCAGCUUCUCCUGAGAAGUUUUGGAUCUGGAGAAGCGUCAGUAAAAAACAUUCCUACCGAGGAAAAACUCAGCGUCUCAUGGACGGCAGUUUACGCAGAGCGGACCUUCGGGUUGGCGCUGCCGUGUGCGCAGCUGAGGGGCUGCCGCCGCUUCCCAAGAGCCUGAGCGGGAUCCUGAACUCCAGCGGCGGCUCUUGGAGGGACAUGCAGAAGAUGCACAGCAAGAGGAGCCGCAUCCAAGCCGAGAUCAGCUGCAGAGGAGGCGGAGAGGCGGCUGCAGCCAAGCCGGGUGGACUGGACGCUGCGCUGGCGCUCCUGCGCAAAGAGAUGGUGGGACUACGUCAGCUUGACAUGUCUCUGCUCUGCCAGCUGUGGUCUCUCCACGAGGCCAUCCAAGAAUGCAAGGGCGAAGCCUCGUUUACUGCUGAUAAUGGAUUCUCUGAGGAGGACGAGGAUGAGGAUGAGCUAGAGGAGAAGGAUGCGAAUGAAGCAAACCAUUCUUCUCAGUCUUAUGACAGAAACACCUUUAAUUUUCACUAGUAAAGAAAGACACAUGGACCACUGUUUGGGACACUUUUAUAUUGACUUCCCACUAUAUCAUCUCAUGUUAUUGCAUGUUUGUACCUCCACAUUAUUCACAAUAUAGGAAAGCUUUCGGUGUCAGUUUGCAGAGUUAAAGCACCUAACAGUGGCCUUUACCUUCUCUCUAAAGACAGAUUUGGAUCAGCUGGUGUAUAUUUUGCUUGUUUCAACACAUCCAUCAAACCACAAUUUUAUAACCUGAUGGAUUUCCCCACCUUUUUAAGUAUAACCUUGAUAUAGACUUUGAUGCUGAAUUUAAUAAAUUAUAUUUUUUUCUUUUGUAA